CUUUCAUCAAAGUUGAUGAUAAAUUCAUCUUCGGACAGUGUCAAGAAGGCAAACAGCCACGCUACAAGGGGUACGGAUGUGAUAUUUGUUUGGACUAUGAAUGGAAACGUCACUUCUGCUUCAAAGCUAGUCCCUAGCCUUCAUCUCUACCGGCACAACCAGGAUUAACGGCCUCGCCUUCCGAACUCUCAUGUGGUAAAACCCAUCCACCAUAGGCCAUUCACUAUAGCUAUAUACCACCCACAUCAUCCAUGACUACUAAACACCCGCACCGCCAUAACAAUGGCAUACAUAAACCCUCUUCCCAAUCGAGCUCCGCAACCCAAACCGACCCCUCGCGUGAUACUCACACACUCCUCCACGCCAUGCUCGCCUUCCUCCUCACCCCCCUCAGCACCCUCCUCCUCGCCGCCCUCAGCACCGCCCUCACAUCCCCCAAAUCACCAACCUCACCACACCACCUCUUCACCUUCGGCGACUCCUAUUCCCAAACAGGCUUCAACAUCUCCCUCGCCUUGCCCUCCCGCUCAAACCCCAUAGGCAACCCCUCCUUCCCUGGCUGGACCACCUCCGGCGGCCCAAACUGGCUCGGCUACCUCACCACCAGAUACAACACCUCCCUCGUCCUAACAUACAACUUCGCCUCCGGCGGCGCGACCGUCGACGCCGCCCUCGUCGCCCCGUAUACCCCUUCUGUGCUUAGCCUUGGCGACCAGGUUCGCAUCUUCACGGACAACGCACACCUUGUUGACUGGCGCGCCGCGGGCGCGAGCACGUUCGCUGUGUGGAUUGGCGUCAAUGACGUGGGGAACAGUUGGUGGAUGGACGACGAGACGGCGCGGGUGCAGCGUAUAAUCGCACGCUAUUUCGAGCUCGUAGCGGACUUGUACGAUGCUGGUGCGCGUCGCUUUGUGUUUCUGGGCGUGCCGCCAAUUACCCGCUCGCCCCUCGUCCUGCGGACCUCCGACGCCCCAAGCCGCGCGCUCGAAGACAGCGUCAUUGCAACUUUCAAUAGCACGCUCAGCACCGCAGCACGCCAAUUUGCCACCACACAUGCAGACGCGCACGUGUAUGUUGUAAACACGACGCCUGCAUUCGCGACGGCGCUCGAUCAUCCGGAGGUAUAUGGCGCGCCGGACGCGACGUGUUUCAAUGAAGAUGGACGGAGUUGUUUAUGGUUUAAUGAUUAUCAUCCCGCGAUGGCCAUUCAGGGGUUGGUUGCGCGGGAGGUGGCGAGGGUGGUUGGGGGCGUUUGGGGUGCUUAGGAAGUUGCUGCGUUGGGCGAUGGAUGAUGGAUUAGGGAGCAGAGGGGCAAUGUGGGUGUUGAUGGGUAUGGCGGAAUGACAGUAUUGGGGCAUAUACACGUUGAAAAUUUGUCUAUUGGCAUAUGGAAGCUAUAGGCUCUUCGUAGGAUCGUAGGACGAGAAACUGCGUUCCAUACAGGUAGCA